AUGCUGCAGAUUCGGAGGGCCCUGGAUGGUCUAUCCUUCAACCUGUCCCACGCGGACCUCCGUCGGCGCUCCGCACGGCCGCGCGGGGACGGCACGCCCACGGGGUGCGCCCCGCCCGGCCUCCCAGGCCGCAGGGCCGCUGCGCGGGGCCCGCCACCGGGCCGCCUCGCGAGCGCCGCGCCUGCCGGCCCGUGCUCGGCGGCGUUCGGUUCCACGCCGCGGUGCCCAGCGGAGCGCGGUGGGACCCCACGGGGCGCUGGAAAAGAUGUCGGGGCUGGGUCCGCGCCGAGCAGCUCUGCACUUCCUGGCGCUCGCCGCUGCAGGUCAAGCGAGGUGCUGUGGGACACCUUGUCAGCCGUGGUGCGUCAGAGCCGCCUGAGCGUGUGGCCGCUGUGCCUUCCGCGUGCCGUCUCUGUGGGAGACGUUCGUUCCAAGAAAGUACCGUGCCACUUCCUGUUUGUGUUGUCAGUCGGCGUUGGCCUAGAGCGCGGCGCAUAA